AUGUACGUUUUACACCUACCGAAGCCUGACUUUGCUAUCACGACAAAAAAAAAUCAAUCGUUUUCUUUCUCUUCUUUAUACCCUCUAACGAAGGCCAUUAAUCUUAACGACAACAUGUCAACAACUGCAUAUAUUUGGUUACCACCCGAUAAACAGGGUGAGUUCGAUGUGGAAAUUGGUGCUCGUGUCAUUGAUGUCAAUCAAAGUCAAUUGAAAGUAGUCGAUGAUAAUGGCAAAGAACGAACUCUCGCCAAUAAUCCAGCGAAUUUCAAAAAGAUGCACGCUACUUCCUUUACCGAUAUUCCCGAUAUGAUUCAUCUAGGUGAUUUGACUGAAGGAGCUAUAUGCCGUAACAUUCUAUUGCGUUACAAUAAAGAUAAAAUUUAUACGUAUAUUGGAUCGAUUUUAAUCGCAGUGAAUCCAUAUACGCAAUUGGAUUUAUAUAAUCAACAAUAUUUACGUUCGUAUCGAAAUCGAAAGUUUGGUGAAUUAGAACCGCAUACUUUUGCGAUUGGUGACAAUGCUUAUCAAAAUAUGCUUCGUGAACGAACAGAUCCGAAUGCAAAAGUUAAUCAAUGUAUUAUUAUCAGUGGAGAAUCAGGUGCCGGAAAAACAGAAUCAACAAAACAUAUUCUUCAAUGCUUAGCUGCUAUAAGUGGAACAAAGAAGAAUUCCAGUAUUGAACAACAAAUUCUCGAAGCAAAUCCGAUUAUGGAAGCAUUUGGAAAUGCAAAGACAAUUCGAAAUGAUAACAGUAGUCGAUUUGGAAAAUAUAUAACAGUGAAUUUUGAUAGUAAUGGUGCAAUUGCUAAUGCCUAUGUCGAUCAAUAUUUAUUAGAGAAGAUUCGUAUUGUGUCACAAGCUAAAGAAGAACGAAAUUAUCAUAUAUUCUACUGUAUAUUAGCUGGUUUGGGUAAUGAAGAACGGAAUAAGUUAAAAUUAACCAAAGCAACUGAUUAUGCAUAUUUAAACAAAAGCACGCCAAAAUGUGAUACACGUAAUGAUGCAGAAGAAUGGAAAGCUAUUCGACAUGCAUGCAAAGUUUUGAUGUUUACCGACGAUGAACUCUUCGAGAUCUUACGGAUUUUAGCAGUCGUAUUACAUCUUGGAAACAUUCAAUAUGCUGCACAAAGCGCAAAAGGAAUAGAUAGUGUAGCCAUUAAAGAUCCUAAAUUGGUCGAAUUCAUUGCGUCAUUAUUAGAAGUUGAUGCAAAACGAUUGUCAACUGCAUUGAUAACGCGAACACUUGAAGUUCACGAAGGCAAAGUUGCAAGAGCUUUGAAUGCAUCAUCUGCUGCUGAUGUUCGAGACGCAUUUGUCAAAGGUUUAUAUGGUCAAAUGUUCGAAUGGUUAAUCGAACGAAUUAAUGUAGCAAUGAAUAACAAAAACAAUGCGAAUCGUCAAAAUCCUUCGGAGGAGAAGUUUCGAUCUGUCGGUGUUCUCGAUAUUUUCGGCUUCGAAAAAUUCGAACAAAAUAGUUUCGAACAAUUGUGUAUCAAUUAUACAAAUGAAGAAUUGCAACAGUUUUUCGUUCAUCAUGUCUUUAAACUUGAACAAGCUGAAUACGAAAAAGAAGGUGUUAACUGGAAGAAAAUCACAUUUAUUGAUAAUCAGGAUAUUAUUGAUCUGUUAGCACGUGGUCGAAUGAGUAUUAUCUCAAUGAUUGACGAAGAAAUGAUUGUGCCACAAGGCACCGAUCAAACUCUAUGUGCUAAACUUCAACAACAACAUGGAAAAAAUAAACAUUUCAUCUCUCAGUCAUCACGACAAGUACAAAAAUCACUUCUCUUCGGUGUGAAACAUUUUGCUGGUCCUGUUUCAUACGAUUGUCUUAGUGAGUGA